UCUAUUGUCAAACUCACAUUCAAAACGCAGGAUAAAACAACUCUCUUCCCGCUUUCUUUACAAUCUUAUAAUCAAAUGGGAUCCUCUAACCCUAUGAUCACUACCUUUCUCUUUAUACUAUUCUCGCUAUUCGUUCUUGUUCCUAAUCCUUGUUUAGCCAAUUCAAGAAUACUUGCACUAGUUAAAGAAAAACCCCUUGUCCUAAAAUACCAUAAAAGCGCUCUUUUAAAGGGAAAUGUCACUGUUAAUCUUAUAUGGUAUGGAAAAUUCACUCCUGCUCAACGUUCAAUCAUCGUCGACUUCAUCCAAUCCCUUAGCCCCAAGAACAAGAAAAUCCAACCAACGCCUUCCGCCGCAUCAUGGUGGCGCACCACCGAAGCAUACAAAGGUGGCCCUUCUGUUAUUACAGUAGGAAAACAGAUAUUCGAUGAAAAAUAUUCUAUAGGAAAAUUAUUGAAAGACCCACAACUUGAAAUUUUGGCAUCUAAGGUAACUCGGGCCAACUCUAUCGCCGUCGUGCUGACGGCGGCGGACGUGGCAGUGGAAGACUUUUGCAUGAAUAGAUGUGGCAUGCACGGGUCAACUCGUGGUAAGAAAAAAGGGAGUAAAUUUGCGUACGCUUGGGUGGGUAACUCUGCGAGUCAAUGUCCAGGUCAGUGCGCGUGGCCAUUUCAAAAGCCGAUUGUAGGGCCACAGACUACGCCGUUAGGUUCACCAAACGGAGACAUCGGAGUUGACGGAAUGGUAAUCAGUUUAGCGACUGUUUUGGCGGGGACUGUUACGAAUCCGUUUGAUGGAGGGUAUUUUCAGGGCCCAGCUAACGCGCCUUUAGAAGCUGUGUCUGCUUGCACGGGGAUAUUCGGUUCUGGUGCUUUUCCUGGAUUUCCGGGUAUGGUUUUGCUGGAUAAAAAGACGGGUGCUAGCUAUAAUGCGCCUGGAGUGAAUGGGCGUAAAUAUCUGCUUCCUGCUAUGUGGGACCCAAAAACGUCGACGUGCACGACACUCGUGUGAGAAAGUAAAACAGACAGACAUUUUAAUAUUACUUUGAAAUUUCAACAUUAAUUUUUUUAUUCGAUUUGGAAAUUGUGUAUUUGUACAAUAAUCUCUCAAUAAGUUGAACAUUCUCUUUUUAGUUUGUUUUCAA